AUGUUUCUACUUUCUGAUCCGUGUCGUGUCAUAGCUCAAUCAACAACACCAUCACCCAGUUUGGCCUUGGCGACAUGCAAUUCAACUCUUUGUAAAUCGUCAUCUUUGCCCUGUUCUUCAAAUCUCGAUUGUGAAUGUUUUUCAUUGACCAAUCGAGUUAAUACAACUAGCUCAGGCAUUUGUGCUGUUGCUGAUCUUUCCUGCACUUCAAUGGUUCGAUGUAAUUCAGACAAUGUUACAUGUUCGAUCGCACAAACAAUUUGUGUUAACAAUACACGAUGUCAACAACCUGUCUGUUAUCCAAUGGCAUUAGCUAAUAUUCAAAUAUGUCCUCCCUCAGCUCGUCCUACUAGUACAACAAUAACUACUAGAACAAGUUCUACUACAAUACGAACGACAACAAGGGCUUCUACAACAACUUCUACAAGAACUAGUAAGAAUGAAUCACUCGGUUUUCUUUACAAAACUUGA